AUGGCGUCCCAAACACCUGCCGUUGUCAUGGACAACGGUACUGGUUACUCCAAGCUGGGUUUUGCCGGUAACGAUUCUCCCUCCUUCGUCUUUCCCACGGCCAUUGCAACCAGGGCCGGUGCUGGGAGCGCUGGCAGCUCCGGUGCUCGGCCUGCUGUCGCAAACAAACCCUCUUUCUUGUCCGGCGGUGGCGGUGGUAGCUCGCAUCUGUCCGCAAAGCGUGGCACCGAGGAUCUGGACUUCUUCAUCGGCGAUGAGGCUCUAGCCGCUGGCAAUGGCCCUGGCUAUGGUGUCAACUACCCCAUCCGACACGGUCAGAUCGAGAACUGGGAUCACAUGGAGCGUUUCUGGUCGAAUUCAAUUUUCAAGUAUCUCCGCGUUGAGCCCGAAGAUCAUUACUUCCUCCUCACCGAACCCCCGCUGAACCCUCCCGAGAACCGCGAAAACACCGCCGAGAUUAUGUUUGAAUCUUUUAAUUGCGCUGGUCUCUACAUUGCCGUACAAGCCGUGCUUGCCCUCGCCGCAUCCUGGACCUCCUCGAAAGUGACCGACCGAUCGCUCACCGGAACUGUGAUUGACUCGGGUGACGGUGUCACUCACGUCAUCCCCGUGGCUGAGGGAUAUGUUAUCGGAUCCUCCAUUAAGAGUAUACCCAUCGCCGGUCGCGAUAUCACAUACUUUGUGCAGAGCCUGCUGCGAGACCGCGGGGAGCCGGACAGCAGUUUGAAGACCGCGGAGAAGGUCAAGGAGGAGUAUUGUUACGUGAGCCCGGAUAUUGUCAAGGAGUUUGCCCGCUACGACCGCGAGCCCGAUCGUCUCCUGAAGCACACCGUGACCUCGCCUAACGGACGUAGCGUACAAAUCGACAUCGGAUACGAGCGCUUCCUCGCCCCGGAGAUCUUCUUCAACCCCGAAAUCUACUCCUCCGACUUCCUGACCCCUCUCCCCAACGUUGUCGAUGGCGUCAUUCAAUCUUCACCCAUCGAUGUGCGACGAGGACUCUAUAAGAACAUUGUCUUGUCCGGCGGUUCCACCCUGUACAAGGACUUUGGCCGUCGUCUACAGCGUGAUAUCCGCCACCUGGUGGAUGACCGCAUUCGUGCUUCUGAGGCCCGUAGUGGCGGUGCUCGGAGUGGUGGUUUGGAUGUGGCGGUUGUCACGCACAAGCGCCAGCGACACGGUCCCUGGUUCGGAGGCAGCCUGCUGGGUCAGACGCCCGAGUUUCGGAGCUACUGCCACACCAAGGCCGAGUACGACGAGAUUGGCCCCAGCAUUGUGCGCAGAUUCGCACUGCUUGGUGGCCCGGGAAGCACUUAA